GUUCAAUCGCGUGGAGGUGUGCCUGCACCUGCUGCAGACGCUGAUCACCAAGGCCUUGGAUGAUGGUGUCUUGAAGAUCCCACCGCCCAUUCUGUCUCGUGUCUAUCAGACCAUCUCACGAGGAUUCGUGAAUCUGCUGAACACGAAGAAGAUCACCGACACCAAGUUUCCGUAUCCCUUUGCACAGAUCAUCGCAGUCUUCCUGCUCGUUCACAUAUUCCUCACGCCAGCAUUGAUUUCUGCUUCAGUCCCACACAGAUUCCUAGCGCCGGUGUUCACAUUUCUGGCUGUCUUCGGAAUGUUCUCAUUGAAUUUCAUCUCUAUGGAGCUGGAGAACCCUUUCGGAUUAGAUGCAAAUGACCUGCCGCUGGAGCAUUUUCAACAGGAGAUGAAUGACUGUCUCCUGAUGCUCCUGCAUCCAAACACAGAUCUAGUUGCUGAGAUGGACCCUUCUGGAAAACUGGACUUCAAGGUCCUCUACGAU